AUGUCCAAAUUGAUAAAGGAGAGGCUCCCGGGGUCCCUCCCUAGCAACACAGAGGUAAAUCAGAAGAAAUCCCUGAAUGGUGUCACUCUGAGGAGUGGGAUUCAACUCCCAAACCCUACUGAGAGGAAGCCUGAAGUACAGAUUGUUGAACCCACUGUUGACAUUGAUCCUGGAGCUCCAACUGACUUUGAGGACAAAGAAAAAGAACAGGGUAAGGAAAAAGAUGUACUACCGAGAUAUUGUAAAUUUUUGAAGGAACUACUCACGAACAAGAGGAAACUGGAGGAAGUGUCUUCAGUGACACUCAGUGAAGAAUGUUUAGUGUUGAUCAUUAACAAACUCCCCAAGAAGGAGAAAGACCCAGGGGUUUUCAUUGUUCCUUGCACUAUAGGAGAGUUAGUUGAUGAGAAACCUUUAGCUGGUCUUGGAGCAAGAAUUAACCUCAUGCCCUACCAAACCUUCCAGAAACUUGGGCUUGGAGAACUGAAACCCACCAUUAUGACUCUGUAG